AUGUAUCGCAGCAAAACACUCAUUCAAAGUGGCUUAUCAUCUAUGCAUCGAAACUCUGCAAUAUUAUUCGGUAAUCAAUGGUUCUCUCGAAUGCAAAAUAUUGUCUCAAGAGAAUUCAAUGAUCGUCAACAAUUUACAUCUUACUCAACUUCGGCCUCUACAACAAGCAAGUCAAAAAAGAAUUCAAAAUUUUAUACAUUUUGCAAUCAAAAACUUUCCGAUCAAUUAAUUGUCAAUGGAAAGAAUAUCGUCGAAGAAUUAUUCAGUGCUUCAAGUUCCAAACUUUGUUUUAGUGAAAUUUCAUUUAAAAGGAGUGUUCUGACCAUAGAAGGGGAGCAAGCUGAAUCGUUUAUUCACUCGCUUGUCACAAGUGAUGUAUCCAAAAAGCUAUUUCACAAAGAAGAUGCAAAGAAAGCUACUCUUCACAAUUCACAACCUUCCAUGUUUUUAAAUCCUAAAGGAAGAGUUUUAUUUGAUACCAUUCUUGGCGUAGAGUUUGAUAGUGAGAGUGGAGCUGUCAAAAAUAAUAAUAGAAUUUAUAUAGAGCAUGAUGCAUCCAAGACUGAAGAUUUAUUUUCCCAUUUGAAGAGUCAUGUACUCAGAAAGAAGGUGAAAAUGGAUAAAUUUUCCACCACUUUUGAAAAUCUUCCAGAUAACUCAACAGUUGUUAAAGUUUUUGCAUUAUUUGGAAAUCCACUGUUGAAAUCUAAAACCAGUGAAAUCAAAUACAAAUGGAAGGACUCUGUGGUGUGUGUAAGAGAUCCAAGACUGGACGUGCUUGGGUAUCGAAUGUAUGGAUUUUUCAAGUCACAAAGUGAAUAUGAAAAAUUCAAACAAGAGGUUCAGUCAGAAUUGCAGCCAGAACAUUUAAUUAUGGAUACUGAAAAGGCAGAAUACUAUGAAAGAAUUCGCAUUUUAUGUGGAAUAGCUGAGAAUUCAAUAGACAUCCCUACUGAUGUUGCUUUUCCAAUGGAGGCAGGAUUUGAACAAAUAGGUGGAAUUCACUUUGAUAAGGGAUGUUAUAUUGGCCAAGAAUUAACCACUAGAACCUAUCACAGAGGUGAGAUAAGAAAGAGAAUCCUUAUCGUCCGAGGUGACCAUUUGCCAAGCCCAGGUACCGAACUACAAUUUAGUGGAGAAAAUGUAGAAAAUCUCAGGAGUGAUAAGGCAGGAAGAAUGUGUUCCACUGACGGAUCAGUGGGACUUGCCCUUGUGAAAUUUGAGCCUCUUAUGGAGAGGGAUUCUAAAGUUUCUUUGGUCUCUGAAGCAGAUACCAACUCUCCCAUUAAAAUUACUCCACCAUAUUGGAUUGCAUUGUAA